GGCAACAGACUCUGCUCUGGAGCCAAAGAAAAGAUUAGCAGAACGUGAGAAAGACAAACGUUGGGAGAAUCAACCAGCAGAAGACUUCUGCCUGCAGUGAUCGAAGAUCCAUUCCCUAUGGGCCAUAAAUUCGCAGAAAAAAUCUCCACGUUUCUCUUUGAAUAUGACACACCCAGGAUGGUUUUGGUGCACAAUAAGAAGGUGGGCUUAACCUUCCGGCUGAUCCAGCUGGUAGUACUAGCCUACAUCAUUGGGUGGGUAUUCCUGUAUGAGAAAGGCUACCAGUCUAAAGAUGGCAUCAUAAACUCCGUCUCAGUGAAGCUCAAAGGGAUAGCGCUUACGAAUGUUAGUGAGAUGGGUCCGUACAUAUGGGAUGUGGCAGAUUACGUUUUCCCACCUCAGGGAGACAGUUCCUUUGUGGUGAUGACCAACUUUAUUAUCACCCGUGGGCAGAAACAGGAAACAUGUCCAGGGCAUCCUGAGACAGGGAAGUGUAACGAAGACACUAAAUGUACUAAAGGAGAAUUUCUUCGCCGAGGUCAAGGAAUCAUGACUGGGAACUGUGUGAAUUUUAGCCAUACACAGAAGACCUGUGAGAUAUUUGGCUGGUGCCCCGUUGAAAUUGAUGACAACAUUCCCAAUCCACCAUUGCUUCUGGAAGCUGAAAAGUUCACCUUGUAUAUAAAAAACAGCAUUACUUUUCCCAAGUUUGGAGUUUCCAGACGCAAUCUUGUCGAGCGAGUUAAUGAACACUAUCUGAAAAACUGCAUUUAUCACAAAGACACAGAUCCACUAUGCCCUGUGUUUAAACUUGGAUAUAUAGUAGAAGAAUCUGGACAGAAUUUUUCUCAACUUGCUUUUAAGGGUGGCAUUGUUGGAAUCACCAUAAAUUGGGACUGUGACCUUGAUUGGUCGGUGAAAUACUGUGUGCCUGUUUAUAAGUUCCAUAGACUUUACAAUGAAGACAAUAACAUCUCUCCAGGCUAUAAUUUCAGGUAUGCAAGAUAUUACAGAGAAAAUGGGAGAGACCUGAGGAUUCUCUACAAGGUGUUUGGGAUCCGAUUUGAUAUUUUGGUGAAUGGAAAGGCAGGAAAAUUUGAUAUUAUUCCAACAAUGACUACUAUAGGUUCUGGGAUUGGUAUCUUUGGAGUGGCCUCUGUACUUUGUGAUCUCCUUCUAUUGAAUUUCCUAUCUAAUCGGGACUACUACAAACAGAAGAAGUUCAAGUAUGUAGAGCGGAAUUCUACCAAAUCUGAAAAAGAAGACAUUGUCAUGAGCAACUUACAAGGGAAGGAAAAGAGUUCUCAAUGAAAUUGUCUCAGAGUUCCAACCUUGUCUCUUCUUCCUUUCUUUCUGAUUUGCUGCAAAAGUACUGGGAUUUCAUCAACUUAGUUCCCUUACACGCUGGACUUACUUCCUGGGAAUCCUGUUUUACAGAAUCCUUCAAUGCUUUCAGCACAGAACACUGGAACCACACAGAGCAUGUGGUUUUAAAGUCACUCCGUCUGGAACACUUCAGUUACGCACUUGCCACAAAGUGGAAGCCUCUCUGUGCUGCAACUGUGUCAGUCUGCAGGAUUCCCAGGAGUGCACGAAACAGAAGCUGUAAGUGAUACAGCAGUUGCUAUCGUGUAGAUCUAGACAAAUUACAA